ACACACACACACACACACACACACUGCUUAUCAAGGACAGGCACAGCACAGCAGCAACGCAAGGAGCCAUCCGGAGAGUCGGUCCCUCCGAGGGAGCCCAUGUCCAGGUCCUCCUCCUCCUCCAGGUGGCAUUCCUUGGGGCGGCAGCAGCAGCAGCAGCAGGAGUGGUGGUGGUGGCGAUGGAGGCGGGACUGUGCCAAGAGGCCAGGCUCCUACUGCAGCCCGGUAACCUCAUCGCUGAGCACCAGAACCCACAAAGAGCCCCUGGAAUGCCGAGAUGUGGUGGUCCAGAACGCCCUGUACACGGGGGACCUGGCUGAGGUGCAACGGCACUUCUCGGAGCGAGCUGAGGUCAACCUCGUGAUCCAGGCCAAGAGCCACGACCUGCGCUGGACCAGCCAGAAAUGGGGGCUUUGGUCUCUAACCUACCAGCAGGAGCUGACCACCCCGCUGCACAUCACCGCCAGCCGCGGCUACCUGGACUGCCUGCGCCACCUGCUGCUCCGAGGGGCGGACGUGGACCUGGCGCCGGGCGGGCAGACGGCGCUGCACGCAGCCUGCGCGGCUGCCACGACAGACUGCGCCCGCCUGCUGCUCUCCUUCGGCGCUGACCCUGAGGCCGUCUCCGAAGAGGGAUUCCAGCCGCUGCACCUGUGCAGGGGCCCCGGCUCCAUCGAGUGCGCUCGCCUCCUGCUGCGCCAGGGCGCGAAAGUGAACGCGUGGUCGGAGGAGGAGCGCGACAGCCCGCUGCACGUGGCGGCUCGGCUGGGCCUGGCGGAGCACGUGCGGCUCUUCCUGCGCUACGGGGCCGACCUGGAGGCUAAGAACGCCGAGGGGCAGACCCCGCUGAACGCCGCCUGCGCCCAGCCCCAUCCGCCCCAGGCUGCGGACGACUACUACGAUGUGAGCCGACAGCUGCUGGAGGCGGGGGCCCGCGUGGACGCCGCCGACCUCGACCGGCAGCGCCCGCUGCACCUCGCCUGCAAGACCGCCAACCACCGCGUGGUGGCGCUGCUCCUCGCCCACGGCGCCAACGUCAACCUCAUGAGCUACAGCGGCAACACGCCCUUGCACAACGUCCUGCAGGGGGCGGCCUACCGGCUCCAGCACCAGCCGGAGCUGGCCGUGCGCGAGCUGCUGAACCACGGCGCUGUGCGCGUCUGGCCGGGAGCCCUGCUCAAGGUGCUGCGCCACUGCUGCGCUUCCCCGCGCUCCGUCGAGGCGCUGGUCAACUGCUACGAGCACGUGCCGGUGACGGAGGAGUGGGCGGAGGCCGUGCCGGAGGAGCUGGCGCAGCAACACCCGCGCUUCUUCCAGUCGCUCUUCGCCCUGGGCCAGCGCCCCCGCGCCCUGCAGCAUCUGGCGCGCUGCGCCCUCCGGAGCCACCUCGACGGCCGCCUGCUCCAGGCCCUGCCUGAGCUGCAGCUACCCCCUGCCCUGCACCAGUUCCUGCUGCUCAGCUUCGAAGACGUGCUUUACUGAGGGGUAGGGGUGGGGGUAGCGGGGAGCCUCCCCCGACUCUGGGCCGAGGAGCCUUUUGCCCUGGCAGAAUCAGCCCGUCCCGUCGCCAGGGCCUGGGGCGCGGAAGGAACCGCUGGGCGUAGGGGAGGCGGCCGGCUUGCCC